UGGUUGAACACCUCAGACUGGCUUCGGCUCUUCGCUUCUCUGAGUUUAGCCAGCUGUCAGUUUAUGCUGUUGCCAUAACAUUUAUGUUUUCUGUCAGUGUUUUCCUCUUUCAUAACUUGUAACUAAGGUUUUGUUUGACGAAAUGCCAAAAGGAGGUAAAAAAGGUGGCCACAAAGGUCGCAUGCGCACGUACACUAGCCCCGAGGAGAUAGAUGCUCAGAUGAAAGCAGAGAAGGAGAGGAAAAAGCAUGAACAGGAAGAGGAAGGGGAAGAAGGAGCAUCUCCUAAAGACACAACAGAAGAGAAGCAACCGGGAUCUGACUCAGAGGACAGUGAUGACGACGAUUCCCUGAGAAAGAGAGCAGGAGUGGAAGGAUUGAUAGAAAUUGAGAACCCCAACAGAGUGACUCAAAAGUCUAAGAAGGUGACACAGAUUGAGCUGGAUGAACCCCAACAAUUAUCAAGGAGAGAGAGAGAAGAGAUUGAGAAGCAGAAAGCGAAGGAGCGGUACAUGAAGAUGCACCUGGCAGGGAAGACGGACCAGGCCAAAGCAGACCUCGCCCGCCUCGCCAUCAUCAGGAAACAAAGAGAGGAGGCAGCGAAAAAGAAAGAAGAAGAGAAAAAAGCAAAAGAUGCGGUGGCAGCGGCGGCGGCAGCAGCCAGAGGUGUGAACUCCCUCGCUCUGAAAUGAUGCACAGUCUUAAUCGAGGCUUUUCCACUUAUUCAUGGACUGGCGCAAUAUACAUAUGACUAUUUUUAACGGAAGAUCAUUGAAGAAUAUUUGACAUGACUGUCACUAUGAACAGUUGGAAAAUGAUUGAGGAGGCAGUCAUGGAGAGGGGUUGUAUAUAUUUUCCAUGGAGUGAUGGCUUCAAGUUCCUCCUGGAAGUAAAGCUACAAAUAAGAAUAUAUUGAUCUUCACGUACACUUGGAAUGAACCCUUCAGUGUUAAUCCCACUUAAUCAUUGUACAAUCCCAACUUUGCUAAGCGAGCUUCGCCACUUUGUCUUCUUUUUUUGAUCUUACGUUGUAUAUAACUGACUCAUUAAAACAAAUUUCAGAUUAAUUAUAUGAAACCAGUAAAA